GAUAGGUUAGUGGCUCUCCGGAAGUGGCUCUCCGGAUGAAGCGUGGCUGCUUUCCUGGUACUACCUAACGCGGUGAGCUGAGCCGCCGGCACCAUGCAGUCGGACGAUGUUAUCUGGAAUACACUAGGAAACAGGCAAUUUUGUUCUUUCAAAAUAAGAACCAAGACUCAGGGCUUUUGCAGAAAUGAAUACAGUCUGACUGGGCUGUGCAAUCGGUCAUCCUGUCCCCUGGCAAAUAGUCAGUAUGCUACCAUUAAAGAAGAGAAAGGACAGUGCUACCUGUACAUGAAGGUUAUAGAGCGAGCAGCUUUCCCUCGGCGCCUCUGGGAACGGGUCCGGCUUAGUAAAAACUAUGAGAAAGCACUGGAACAAAUAGAUGAAAAUUUGAUUUACUGGCCCCGCUUUAUCCGGCACAAAUGUAAGCAGAGGUUUACCAAGAUAACCCAGUACCUGAUUCGAAUCAGAAAACUUACACUGAAGCGACGGAAGAAACUUGUUCCUUUGAGUAAGAAGGUUGAACGAAGGGAAAAACGAAGAGAGGAAAAAGCGUUAAUAGCUGCCCAGCUGGACAAUGCUAUUGAGAAGGAAUUGCUGGAGAGACUGAAACAAGAUACGUAUGGCGACAUCUACAACUUCCCCAUCCAUGCCUUCGACAAGGCCCUAGAGAAACAGGAUGCAGAAAGUGACUCUGAAGAUGAAGAAGAAGAUGAGGAGGAAGAUGAAGAAGAGGAUUCGGGGAAAAGAGAGUUUGUAGAAGAUGAUGAGGUAGAGGAGAGUGACCUGAGUGACUUUGAGGAUAUGGAUAAACUGAAUACUGACAGUGAGGAAGACCAGGAUGGUGAAUCCUCUAAUGAAGAAGGGGCUCAUAAGGCCAAACACAAAGGCAAAGCACCGUUGAAAGGACCUUUGCGGAAAAAACGGGCCUAUGUGGAAAUAGAGUAUGAACAGGAGAUGGAGCCCACGGCCAAAGUCAAGACCACAUGAGCUCCCUUCACACCUUUAUCCUGAACCAGUCAACACCGGCAGCUGUGCUCUUCUGUGUUCUAGUUCCUAAUGUAUUUAUAUUGUUAAUAUGGACGUCACUUCAGGGAAGCAGAAAUCUGGAGUACGAAAGCCUUGAGUUGUCAGGAAUAUUUUUAUAACACAUGCUGUGACAGCUUGAGCCAGAGGAACCUAACAGAUGAGUUCCUGGAGCGGGAAUGGCACUAAACUAGCUGUAAAUAUUUCUAAAUUACAAUUUUUUACUUAGAAAUGUCAGUAUUUCAGCUGUUUUCUUACUCAGUUUUUCUUAUGUGGACAAACUGGAGGAGAUAAAAAUUUCAACUUUAAAUAUUUUAAUACAAAAAUAGAUUUUUUUACCCCCCCCCCCCCCAUAUGAUCUGAGAAUAAGAAGAGCAGCCUUUCCUGCUGGUUACUCAUCUUCCAUGUCAUUGCCAGGAGCAUCUGCAGAGCCCUGCUGUACCUUCCUGAUGCAGCUCACCACCGUGUGGUCUUUACAGGAUAGAGCAAUUUUAGCCAGAAGACCCUGGAACACGAGAGCAAACAGGCAUUGAUUUCUACAAAUCCUGUUCCAGAAAACCCUACAGCCUUACAGUCUUACAGCCUUACAGUCAUACACAGAGACUGUGUGGCCCUAGGGGAGAGUGCCUCAAUCAGAACAGGUGUUACUUAGAACUGUCCCACACUUGUAAGUAGUCUGCUGGCUUCAUUCUAGACAAAACGACUUCGGCUGGAAAACUGCCCAACAUAAGGGCUGCAGUGCAAUGGCCGAAUAAACUGGAAAACAGCAAGCCACGGUCUAGCUCUGCAUAUUUUGGGAGUACUGAUUUCUCGUUCUUUAAAUUGGAGGCUUCUAAUUGUGGUGAAAAUGAGAAAUUAGUCUUUGAAUUACAUGUAAAUACACAUAGAUACCAUAAA